CAAGCACGAACAACGCAGCUCUUCCAGACCAAGCGUACCUGCCCACAUGCCCACACACCACAACUACAGUCCUCCCAGAACCAGAGCAGCACAUCACCCCAGUGACACACCCACAUCUGACUUAGCAAGGUACCUGGUAAGAAGUCAACUUGUGUCAUCAGGACUGACCAGGUUCGAUGACAAGCCGGAAAAUUACUUAUCCUGGAAAAGCUCAUUCAUGAAUACGAUCGAGAGCCUAGAUCUUAAAGCAGGGGAAGAGCUAGAUUUGUUAAUACGGUGGUUAGGCCCAGAAUCUGCCACACACGCACGCCGCAUUAGAUCAGUAAAUGUGAGGGACCAGGCAGCAGGAUUGUGGCUCGUAUGGGAGAGGUUAGAGGAGAUGUAUGGUGCGCCUGAGGCUGUAGAGGGAGCUCUCUUCACUAAACUUGAACAGUUCCCUAAAAUAUCACACAAAGAGUACCAUAAGCUUAGAGAGCUGUACGAUUUGCUGUUAGAGAUCGACUCCGCAAAGCACGAAGGUUACCUACCCGGCCUAUCCUACCUUGACACAGCAAGGGGGAUAAAUCCAAUAGUGGAGAAACUGCCAUACUCACUUCAGGAGAAGUGGGUCAUGGAAGGCUCGCAAUACAAGGAGAAAUUCAGGGUUUAUUAUCCUCCUUUUCAUUUCUUCCUAGAGUUUAUACGCAGGCAAGCAAAGGCACGCAACGACCCAAGCUUUAGCCUUCUCACCCCGACCACAGCAAGCAGGAAGGUCAGUGAAAGUCACAGUAGUAACACAAGAUCAGUCUCUGUGUAUAAAACUGACACUGCCCACUCACACUCCACCACUGCAAAUGAAGACCCAGAGAGACAAUGCCCUCUACAUCUCAAGCCACAUUCCCUGCAAGUAUGCCGGGGUUUCAGAGAAAUGACAAUUGAUGAACGAAAAAGGAUUCUACAGGAGAAGAACAUAUGUUUUAAGUGUUGUGCAUCAAACAAGCAUGUAGCCCGCAAUUGUGAGGUGGUAAUCAAAUGCACUGAGUGUGACAGCAAUAGGCACCCAACAGCGCUGCACCCAGGCCCAGCUCCAUGGAGCUCCACGAUCUCGCCACUCCCAUCAGAGAAUGGCGGGGAGAGCGAUUAAGUAUCAGACAUUGUUGUAGUGUAAAUAUGGCAUCAUUAAUGAUACCAGGCGGGGAGUGUUCUGGCUACGCCAGCCUUUAACAGGAAAACCCUUAUUUUGACAUAUGUUUACAUUUGUACUCCAGCUGCGAGACCUUAGAAUGCCCAUGGUUCUUUGACAGUUAUCUCAAGCGCUACAUGAAACCCACCAGUUUAACUUCUCGUUCCUUGAACGCAGCUAAAGGCAAUCUCUUUUCACAAUCAUCCAUAAACGACCAAACUUCA